CCCAUUCCACAUAAAUUGCCCAAUGCAAACCGCUGUUAUAGAUUAACCUUUUCCAAAUUUUUUUGCAAACCCUUGAAUUCUUUUACAUCACACAUCCUUUCUGUCCUUUGGAUUUCGAAGGAUUAUUCGAGUGCAGCUGCAUGUAUUGACAUAGGAGUGUUGUGGGCAUUGAUAUUUAAGCAAAAAUAAGCGGGCGAGGGCAAUCAGCUGCAGGUCGCAUUACAAGAUGGGGCGACCACCUCUCGGGGGAGCUCCUGUUUUCCGUUUCUCUCCUAAAGAGGUUCAAGAAAUGGAAAAGAUUUUAGAAGAUGUGAAGGGUGGAAUUCCUUCUCGUGAUUCUAUCAGUGCCCUUUCUGAAAAAUUCAGUGAAUCACCUGAAAGAGCUGGGAAAAUUCUUGUCCAAUCGAAGCAGGUAUGGAACUGGUUUCAGAACAGGAGGUAUGCACAGAAAGCAAAAGGCAAUAAAGUACCAGGAAAGCUGAAUGUUUCACAUUCACCUCGUGAUGAUUCGGUAACAAAAAGAACUGUGACCAAUUCAGUGGCAGUUCCUUCAGGCAGAAAUGUCCCAGAUGUUUCACAAAUGGAGUUUGAAGCCAAAUCAGCAAGAGAUGGGGCAUGGUAUGAUGUUUCUUCAUUUGUCACUCACAGAAUGUUUGACUCAGGUGAUCCAGAAGUCCGUGUAAGGUUUGCUGGGUUUGGAGCAGAGGAAGAUGAGUGGGUCAAUGUGCGAAAGUGUGUUAGACAGCGCUCUCUUCCUUGUGAAGCUUCUGAAUGUAUAGCAGUUCUCCCAGGAGAUCUCAUACUCUGUUUUCAGGAGGGUAAAGAUCAAGCACUAUAUUUUGAUGCUCAUGUCUUGGAUGCUCAAAGGAGGCGACAUGAUGUGCGGGGUUGUCGAUGUAGGUUUUUGGUACGGUAUGACCAUGACCAGUCUGAGUUGCAGGAAAUAGUACCAUUGAGGAAAGUUUGUCGGCGUCCAGAGACAGAUUACCGCUUACAACUAGCUCAUGCUUCUAAAGAACUAUCAUCGUUUGACCUGGACCAAGGCUCUCAACGUGUUAAAGAUGCUCCAACUCUUCCGACCAAUUUUGGCGAUGCAACUCAGGAAGAUUCUCAUGCUAAGCCAGAAAUUCAAAAAACAGGCGAUCAAGUUAUGGAAGAUAAUCGGUCAUUAACUGCUCCACAAAUGUCCUCAGAUUCACAAGUGAAAGAGCCCACAUCUUCUGAGUCUCAAACAAACUUUCAAGCUACGGAAGUUGAUUCCAAACAGGAGGAUGUGGCUACUGGAAAUUCUCAUAUUAAUGAACCCUCAGAUAGCAUAGUUAAUGAUGCGGUUACAAAGAGUAUUGUUCAAGGUUGAAGCGAACAAGUCAGUUUUGUCAUCAAGAAACAACUGUGCAGAUAUGAUAUCUUAUGGGUAAAUUGUAUUCUAACAGGAAAUUUCGUAAAAGAAAUUAUCAUAUGCAAUUUUUUUUACAUAUAUUCUGGUGUACUUUGUACUAACUAUUUUAUCAACAUAGAGGUUUGUCUUUUGAAUUUGGCCUUAAGCAUUCCUUAUACAGUCAAAUCUCUGUAAUUGCUGUUAUCUAAAAUAGUCAUUUUCUCUUAAGUGAGUUGA